AAUCACCUCAGUUCAGAGAAAUAAUUAGAAAUGUAUAAAGAUGAAUGUAAACAAUAAUAUGUUGCUUGAGAUGUGCAAAAUGGUUUGUCGGGUGGUAAAAUGAGCUGUAAUUGAAUAACUUUUCGUUCCAUGGCAGUUUGUUUUUUUAUCUCUACAAACAAACUUGUGUAUCUAAAUAUAUACACUUUUAGAUAAAAUGUUCUUAUCACAGUUUGUUUCCUCUGCUCAGGAUUCUGCUAAAGGAGAGUCUUGCUGUUCACAGUCACCUCACUGGAAACCUAGUCAAGAGGAGAAUGGUGCCUGGGCCCAGGGCCAAAGCCAAGGAGGGUCUCUGGAUCCACAAACCCCCUCUCAGCAUGACCUCCACCUCGUCUCUGCACACCUCCGCUCUGACCUCACACCGGAAACCGGCCUCCUGCUCGCCCCCGGAGCCCAUCUGUCUGUCGGACUCGCUGGAUGAGGAUCUGACCGCUCCCUCGCUGGACUCCAUCUCCCACGCUCUGGCCCUCCUCAGCAACGCCUCGAAGGGCCUGGGCUUCUCAGACAGCCCUCUGUCCCCCCCGCCCCUCCAGAUGCCCACCUCCUCCCCUCCCCCCGUCACUCCUCACUAUCCCUCAGCCUCUCAGCUCUCUGCCUCCAUCGCCUCCACAACGCAGCUUCAUUCCCUGUCGAGGGGGGAGCCCUCUCCGCUGGCAGCUGCUGGGAACCUGCCAACAACAACAACAACGCUACCAACCGCCUAUUCUACCUCCUCUUCCUCCUCUUCCUCGUCUCCCGCUGUUUCCUGCUUGGCUCGAGUGCAGGCAGCCGGCCUGUCGCUGGCCUCACGGACAGCAGAGGGACCCUACGGCCUGAUCAAAGGAUCUGCCUCUAUGGGCCAAUCACAGCCUCAGAGACUCCUCACCAUGGCAACGCCCAAUCACAGGACAGGCUUAGUGAUGGGCGGGAACGGCAAGAUGCAUCCUCACCCGUCCCCUUCGCCUCCAAAGCAGCGGCCCCCUCCCACGGCUUCCCCUCUGCUGCCACCCCAUCAGAAGGCCUUUGUGGGCCCGGGGGGGCUGCUGGGAUCUCUGGGAGGACUGGCCAAGAGCAAAACCAUCAGCAGCAAUGGCAGCGCCACGCCUUCCUCCUCCCCCUCCUCAAUGUCUCGCUCAAACUCCACCUCCCACCCCGGCCUGCAGUCCUUCUGCCCUCCCUCUCUGGUGGUUUCCUCCCCAUCCGCCUCCCCCUCCCCCUCCCCCCACUCCUCACACUCCUCACACUCCUCCUCUCAAGGUAAGCUCCACACACACCACCACCACCAGGCUAACUUCAUCACGCCCAUGCAGGCCACACUCACCAAGUCGUCCCACAGCAGCAACUCCUCCCACAUCAUCAAGCUCACCCCUCGGCCUCCGGCGCCGACCCCCCCUCCCUCCUCCUCCCCCUCCCCGUCGUCCUCGCCCUCACACCUGCUCUCUCAUCAGAUGAUCUCCAGCCAACAGCAACAACACCAGUUCUCCCUCAAAACCCCCAAAGCGUUCCGGCCCCCCUUCAGUGUAUCGGGGGGCGGGGGGGCGCAGGUGAAGCCGCCACAGAGUACCUACAGCUUCGCCAGAGGACAGAAAGCUCUGCCCACCACCAGUAACAGUAGCAUCAACAACAACUCCGUCAUCAACAAGGGAGUGAUAUCAGCCGUCUGCAGCCGGGCUGACAAAACUCAACUGUCUUCUGCACCCUCAGCCAAUCACGCGCAGAGGCAGAGGGUAGUGGGCGGGGCUAACCAGAGCCCAAAGGCAUUAAACAGCUGGGCCACUUUGGCCUCGUCCUCCACAACGUCACACCUCCCACAGGUUUCCACAGUAGGCUCCCCCCUCCUGGGCGGCCCCUCCCCUUUGUCUCUGGGCUUCGGGAUGCUGGGCGGCCUGGUGCACCUCUCGCAGCCCUUCCAGUUCCCCCCGCUGCUCAACUUCAGCCCUGGGGUCCCGGGGGCCGCCGGCAUGGGAUCAGUCCCCAGCUCCAACUCAGGAUACACACUAGCACAGAGCGACCUAAUGGAUCUGUAUAAGAGUCUCCAGUCAGGGUCGCAGGCUGCCCUACCUCCUCACUUGCAACUUGCUUUCUCAGAUGCGAACCAAAGCCAGGGCGGAGACAUGAAGAGGAAAUCCCACUGACCAAUAACAGCUCAGGAGGUGGACACCAGCGGGGUGACAUCACAGCUUCCUGGACACAUCCACCAAUAGGAACCUUUGAUUGACUGACAUGGUGAUGUUGAGUGAGGGGGCGGGGCUACACCGCCUCUUAAAACGGACCUAAAGGAGAAUCCUCGCUACAAUGAUGAAUUAAUUUAACUGUUUUCUAAUGAACCGGGUAUGAGAACAAGACAGAGUGAAUGACGAGAACACUUUUAUUUUUAUUCUGCUUAUUUUUAUUUUUUUGUCAACAUGUUUACAUAUGACCGACCUUGAUCACUGUGGAAUGAGUGUGAGCGAGGUGGUGAUACAGAUGAGAGUACUACUACGCUAUGUAAUAUAAUUUGUAUUUAAGCUUAUGUGGAAACACAGGACUCUUGUUCUUGCAGUUAAAACAAAAAAACAAAAAAAAACAGAAUAAUGAUUUUUUAAUUCUUCUGUCUUUUCGUCUCCGAUGUGGGAAUAAUUGUGUGUAGAAAUGUUAUCGUUGGUCACCUCUGCUCCCACAAAUGACUGUUAAGUAGUAGCUUAAAUUAAUAUUAAUAAAUUAUUUGUAAUUUACACAGGGACAAAAACAUGUAAUAGCGUGAGUGAGAGAGAGAGAGAGAAAGCAGUUGAUUUGAAUGUGUGUAUGUACAGAAAAAACCACAAUAUACUGUUUCCAGAUGAUCCUGUAUGAAUGGUAAAGACAUGUUUCCCCUUGUGACAAGAAUGAGCGAGUCGGACGCCCCUCUCUCGCUCAGUGUGUUUUUGGUGCUGUUUCAUCACACUGGACCUUUUCUGGAAAAAAGACUUGAAUUGAAAGAGUUUUGGAGCCGCCUGUGAGAGAGAGGGGGAGGGGGGCGGGUGCGAGGGAUACGUCACGAUUGUAGCCUACUUGAAUUGUUUUAUUUUUUGUGAGUUAAGAUUAUUUUAUUUACUUUUUCUGCUUAUUGACUCAAAUCAACUUAAAACACAACGCCUUAGUUUGUAUCGAUAAAAUAAGAAGAAUAUCUAUGCAGGACUGUAAAACGCUCAAUGCAAAAGUGCAAGUCGUCGCUUGGCUUUCAACCUCUACUCAACUUGUCAGUGCAUUUCUGGAGUUGUGAAUGUUUGUAGAUGUUAUUAUUUCACUAAAGACUCCUUUGUGUGUUCAGACAGCGUGGGAAGCACAUUUUAGAAAGUCAAUUUAAGUGUGAUUCCAUUCCAGUUUAGAGGCAUUACGAUAACCUUGGUUGCUAAAGAGAAAUGUAAAUGUACGUUUACAUAAAUAGUUUUGGGGCAGAUACAUUCGUCUACACAAAGCCUAGUUUUGCUAGGCUUACCACAUGACUAAUCCACAAGUAAACCAGAAUAGGUUGAGAACUGACAAGAAAAAUAGUCACUUUGGCGCUUGGCCGUCAAACCAAUCGUUUAGGAAAACAUUGUGAGAGGUCUUCAGGAAUAUGUUUCAAAUGGCCAAGUUGUAAUUGUUUUUCAUAUCAGCUGAUAUAUAAGCUCCGCCUUCAGAUAUCAAGUAUUGCUGCAAAUGUGUCUUUCCUGGCUUUUGCAUAAAAAAAAAAUCUAAAAUCUAAUCCAUUCAUUUUAUUUUAAAGGGGCCGCUACAUAUUCACAACGCGAAAAGCUAAUUAAGCCUUUUAAGCCCUUGCAGCCACAACUUGGAACUCGAAUUACGGUUAUUUAUGUAUUGUUUUAUCUAAUGUAGCCCCAUAGCUUUUAUAAACCUACUAGAAAAAAAGAGAGAAGGGAUAAUUAAGAGUUUUUAAUGAGUUCGGAGGUUGAGCCUAGCGCCACACCCCCACAUAAAUUGUUGCUGUGUCCGUUACUAAAUGGCUAACGUUGUCCGUUUUAGAAAAAGCAGAAAUGCUAAAGCUAAAAUUCCCUUUCCUUUCUGUCUGAACACAGCUGUAGAGAUUCCUUCCCUCUGCUGAAUACCUCCGUUAACAAAACUGUUCUUCCUGAGUCUUUCACUGUCCUCCACUAGUUCCUCCUCCAUGUGGGUCUGACUGACCGGUGGCACCGGGAUGGCGCCAAAGAUUGUUCUGUAGCUCACUGUUUAGAUUGGGUGCUGCCGGUCAGUGUGUGUGUGUGUUUGUGUGUUUGUGUGUGUUUGAUUUUUCUGACAUUUCCCCCCAAAAUGUAAACCCACAAGUGUCAACGUGUGGUCCUUCAUGUCAUUGUGAAGUCAUGUGACUGGAGCAGUGGGUGACAUCUUAUAAAUUGUGCUUUCUUUGGGGGUUCGGAGGAUAAAAUGACAUUUUGUGGUUAACUGGUUAAUUAAUUUGGUCUUUUGUAGAUUAUUUUGUGUGUCAAUUAUUAAAUUAAACAAAACAGGUGGUUUUCAUGA